GCGCAGCAGAGUGCAUGAAGGAAUCCGUGCGCAGGGAGAGUUGGCGGGCUUAAACUCGGGACAGCGCGAGCGAACCUCACCUGCACCUUGGAAUCUCUCUCUGUGUCUCGUUUUUGGGAAUAGUGAGCAGCUUGCGGUUCUUCGGGAUGGAGCGUGGAUGGGACAGUGUUUCAUCUGCUGGGAUGUUUAUUCUGGGUGUGCUGUCCGUGCUGUCCGCGCUAAACGGAGUUUGGGGUUUUAACUUUUACGCAGAGCAACCCACAGUUUACAGGGGGCCCGAUGGAAGCUAUUUUGGUUAUUCUGUGGACUUCUACCGAGCUGCCGCCGACAGCAACACGAUCAGUGUGCUGGUUGGGGCUCCCAAAGCGAACACCUCCCAGCCGGGCAUCAUGGAGGCCGGAGCCGUUUAUUACUGCCCCUGGCCUGGGCUGCCUGAAAGCUGCAGACAGAUACCUUUUGACAACUCCAACAACAGAAUGAUUAAGGUAAAUGGUACCAGAGAGCCUCUGGAGUUUAAGUCGCACCAGUGGUUUGGAGCAUCGGUCCGGGCACACAGAGGAGAAGUGGUGGCAUGCGCUCCUCUCUACCACUGGCGGACAGUGAAGAUAAGUGGGGAGAAGGACCCCGUCGGGACCUGUUAUGUGGCCGUCCAGAACUUCAGCGCCUACGCGGAGUACUCGCCAUGCAGGACCAAUGAUCCAGACCCAGAAGGACAGGGAUUCUGCCAGGCUGGUUUCAGUGUGGAUUUCACCAAGGAAGGAAAGCUGGUGGUAGGAGGACCUGGAAGCUUUUACUGGCAAGGUCAGGUGAUGACAGCAGGGAUAGCCGAGAUACUGAAUGGCUACUCUUUAAAGGCGGUGCUGAGACAGGGUUCGGGAGAGAAGCACACUAGAGCUGCUGAAGACACACACGAUGACAGCUACCUUGGUUACUCUGUGGCAGUGGGCGAGUUUACAGGAGACUCUGAACAAGAGCUUUUAGCUGGAGUCCCAAGAGGAGCACAGAACUUUGGAUAUGUGGCGAUGAUCAACUCUACCAACAUGACUUUCAUCCAGAACUUCACAGGGGAACAGAUGGCCUCCUAUUUUGGCUACUCUGUGGCUGUUACUGACAUAAAUGGAGAUGAGAUGGAUGAUGUGCUGGUCGGAGCACCGCUCUUUAUGGAAAGAGAGAUGGAGAGCAAACCCAGGGAGGUGGGAAGGGUAUACCUGUACCUGCAGCUGGCUCCACUUACUUUUUCUGAACCUGUCGCUCUCACCGGCACUCACACCUUUGGACGCUUUGGCACAGCUAUCGCACCACUGGGAGAUGUCAACCAGGAUGGAUACAAUGACGUGGCAGUGGGCUGUCCGUUCGGAGGUGAGGAGCGUGGAGGACGAGUAUUGAUCUUUAACGGAAACAAAGCCAUAGCCACAAAAGGCAUGACACUCAGCCAAGAGUUGAGAGCGGCCCACGCCCCCGGUGGCAGUUUGCCUGGAUUUGGAUUUACUCUGAGAGGAGGCCAAGAUAUGGACAACAAUCAGUACCCUGAUCUGAUCGUGGGGGCGUUUGGCGCAGGCGAGGUGUCAGUGUACAGGUCUCAAGCUGUAGUAUCUGUGGAAGCUGAAAUGAUCUUGACUCCCAAAAUCCUUAACCCCGAUGACCGACAGUGUCACCUGCCUCAGAUGAAUAUCAUGGUUACCUGCCUCAAAGUGGAUGUUUGUGCAGCCGUGAGUGGUGUGGGCAUCCCCAGCUCUGUAGACCUGAGAGCCGAGCUGCAGCUAGAUUGGCUCAAAGGCACCAGGGGUGGAGUGAAGAGAGUUCUUUUCUUGGACAGCCAGCAGCCUCAGCACACGGGAAUCCUGAGGCUGGGUCACAACCGCCCACGUACAUGCCUGAGCUACACAAUUUAUCUCAGAGAGGAGGAUGAGUUCAGGGACAAACUGAGCCCCAUCUCACUCGCUCUCAACUACAGCCUGGCUCCACCUCCUCUUGGCCAAAGUCUUCCACCUGUUCUUAACCGCUAUAGCAGCACCUUCCUCCAAGAGCAGGCUUACAUCCUCCUCGACUGCGGCGAUGACAAUAUUUGUAUCCCCGACCUCCAGCUUUCUGCCAGCGUGGACAGCACAGAGGUGGUGAUCGGAGAUGACAAUCUGGUCAUGUUGACCAUCACUGCGGUGAACCGAGGAGAGGGAGCCUACGAGACAGAGCUCUACACAUUGCUUCCACCUGAAGCUGACUACAUUGGAGUAGAACGCAGGGUGGAGUCUCUCUCUCAGUUAAAUUGUGAGUACAAGUUGAUCAAUGACUCCAGGAUGGUGGUGUGUGACCUCGGGAACCCAAUGGUGGCCGAGACAGAGCUGUCUGUUGGCUUGAGGUUUUCAGUCCAAAGGCUGGAAGAUGCUGGACCAAACAUCAGCUUUGAGCUACAGAUCCACAGCUCCAACAAAGAUAACUCAGAAAGCAACCUGGUCAGUCUGAAUCUGUCCGUCACUGCCCAAGCUCAGCUCGAUUUACGUGGGGUGUCUCAUCCCUCUCAGGUGGUGCUGCCAUUCCCAAACUGGGAACCAAAAGAGAAGCCUGUCAAAGAGGAUGAUGUUGGACCACAAGUAACACACAUCUACGAGCUCCAUAACUCCGGUCCCAGCAGCAUUGGAGAGGCUGAGCUUAAUGUUGGCUGGCCGUCUCGCUUCCGUGAUGAGAACCUGCUGUAUGCCAUGGAGAUUAAAACUGACGGACCAGUUAGCUGCCGGACAAACACCAGCCUUAACCCACACGGUCUGCAGAUCUCCGCUCUCCAGGACACACCAGAAUUACUGGGCUUCCUGAAGAACACCAGCACGCCUCCUCGCCGCCACAAACGAUCUGUCAGCACCGCACCGGAUUACCACAGUAAAACCUUGAACUGCACUAACGUCUCCUGUCUGAAGAUAAUGUGUGUGGUCGGGCGGUUGGAUCGUGGGCAGAGUGCGGUGGUUAAGAUUCGAUCGAGACUUUGGGCGCAUACUUUCCUGCAGCGGCGCAAUGACCCCUACGUUCUCAACUCUACUGUGUCCUUCGUGGUCACAUCGAUGCCUUAUCGCAUCCAACCCCCCACUCUGCCUCAGCACAGAACUGCGAUGGGGACUCUGGUGUUAUGGGGAACUCCUGAUGUGUCAUUUGCUGUUCCACUCUGGGUAAUCAUCUUGGCCAUAUUGCUGGGACUGCUAGUCCUGGCUAUACUGACAUUAGCCAUGUGGAAGUGUGGUUUCUUUGACCGGGCACGGCCACCUGCUAAUGACGACAUCUCCGACCAGGAGCAGCUGACGUCUGAUCAAACAGGUGAUGCAUAAGACGUGACAGCUGCUGGUUGUAAGACAGUGGUUUGGGAAGGAUGUGCACCUUCUGAAUGACUUAAAUCAGAUCUGAGAUCUGCAUUAGUCGGGACCUACAUUCCUUGGCUGGAGGUCUCGCUGUGAAUCAACUGGACUGAAAGGACAGACUAAGAAGUGCAGCGCCGCACAAACUGGGACCAAAGCAGACAGAGUGGGACCAGCACACUUAACAGGCUCAAUAACACACACGUCCUUUGUUUAUACAAUGCAAAGAAGCACCAGGACUGAAGAAAGUAUGGACUUUGUUAUGAAAACAGUGCUUUAAAUGUGUCUGUAACUGCACAUUUUUGUGCGAUUGUGUAAGUGAGGCACAAAGAGAUUUAGAUCUAUGCACGUGUGUGUGUGUGUGUGUGUGUGUGUGUGUGUGUGUGUGUGUGUGUGUGUGUGUGUGUGUGUGUGUGUGUGUGUGUGUGUGCGCGCGCACGCCCGGGUACUAUAUGUAUGUGUUUAUUAGGUGUCACUUGUGUCAUUCAGCUAUUGAUGUCUGUCACCACCAGACUUAAUUUAUCCAAGUUCACACACACAUAAGAUUCAGCCACAAGCAUAAACAAAAAGGCACAAAGUUGAAAUGUAUAUUUAUGAAUGUAUGUGCAAUAUUUGAGCGUUGUGAGCUUGUUUACACUGGCAUUAUUUUAUUAGAGCUUAAUGUUUCCAUUGUUUGUGUGCAUACUGUAAGUGAUUGUGAUAUUAUUGUUGCUGAAUGGAGCAUUUCUUUAGACUGCUUUAAGCUAAUACAUAGCAAUCCAAAAAAAAAGGAACAAAGUGAGACCAGUAACAACAAAAUAAGUUAUAAUUGUCUUAUAGUGAGUAUAAAAUUUAUCUUUGAGGAACAGAGCACAUAUUCACAGCAGAAGCUCUGUCCUGAUAAUUAGAGUUUUGUUUGUCAUGUUGGAUGUUUUAAAAAAAAAAUAGCAGUUGAUAAGACUUCAAAAACUUGCUGCAAAGCCACAGUCCAUAUCAAAAACACAACACAGUCUGAGACGGCGUACAUUACUGCACGUACUGUGUAUUACUUAACAGCACAUUUAAUGUUUGUUAAUUAUCUGUAUCAUGCACAGGCAGGCAGAACAAAGUGGUGAGAACAUCAGCAUUCCCCUGAGUUAAAAACGAAAUGUUCAUGUGCAUGUUUGAGCUGUUUUCGAUUUUUUUGUAUUGAGUGUGAAGUUUUCUUAGAAUAAAGUGUUGCUUGAUUACUGAUUGAUUGCUCAACUUCACAUCGCCGUGUCCAGUUAGAAGUUAAAGAAAUUU